UUUGACAGCAAAGCCAGUGCCGAUCUAGAGAGAGUAACUGAUUACGAAGAAGACAAAGAAAUAAGUCCAGUCAAUAUUAAGUUUGAAGUUACAGAAACUUUUAAACAGACUUCAAGAGAAAAAGAACUGGCAAAGGUUUCUAUAAAAAAAGAGGAUGUUGUUUUGAUCAUGAAAGAAAUGGAGAUCUCUAAAUCAGAAGCAGAAUGGAGUCUGAGAAGUAAUGGCAGUGACGUAGUCAGAGCUUUGAUAUCAUUGACAAACUAGGAAAAAGGUUUUGUAUUUAAUCUUAUGUGUGCUAGU